GAAACCCUCUUCCCAACCCUUUCUACUAGGUCGACGUCUCCAGCAUCAGCUGCUCCCCACCCGUGUCUGGGUGGGCCUCUUGGGCAGGCUCCGCUAGUCUCCUUUCCUUCGAUCAUCCCCACGUGCGGGACGUCAUCUGCUUGCUCUGCCAUCAGCCUCACAUCCUGAGGGCAGGGACCAUGCGGGGGUUGUCCAUCUCUGUAUCCCCAGUGCCAGCACUGCACCUCGCCCCAAGCAGUUGUCCAACAAAUGAGCAGUGAGUAAAUGAAACAAUGAGCAAAGCCUUGUAACAGGAAAGGGGCCGGCGGCGUCUGCCGUGCAAGACCUGGCCCAGUGGAGCAGAGCCUGGAGGUUCAGGAGCCGGGUCUGGAAGGCUCCUGCCGGUGGAAGAGGGGCCCGGAGCCAGCCGGCGCCUGGCACAAGGCGUCUCAGAGGCCGCCCACUGGGAGCCAACCGUUGCAGCCAGUUGUCCCCGCGAGCGAGGCCGGAGAAGGCGCGGCGGCCCCUGGCCUGGCCAUUUCACCCUUGUCGCAGCUGAACCGCCGACUACGAGCUCCUGCACCGCGCACACACCCCGCGCGCUUCGCUCUCGGCCUCGCCCGGCCACCGUCGCUCUCUAGAACGCCGCGCCCGUGACCCGGAAGAGCAUUCUCCUUAGCAACUGCGGGACUGCGGCGGCGCCGGCCUCCGGGGAGAAACGCGAAUGACAACAGAGCUGCUCAAGGCGGGAACUCUGAGCUAAGCAGUGGAGGUUUCUCUGGAUCUGGAGAGAAGAGUGACCUUGGAGCCAAUAAUGAGCCAUCCUGACUACAGAAUGAACCUCCGGCCCCUGGGGACCCCCAGAGGUGUGUCUGCUGUGGCUGGUCCACAUGACAUUGGUGCUUCGCCAGGUGACAAAAAGUCAAAGAACAGGUCCACACGAGGGAAGAAAAAGAGCAUAUUUGAAACUUACAUGUCCAAGGAGGAUGUUUCGGAAGGCUUGAAGAGAGGAACACUCAUCCAGGGUGUAUUGAGAAUUAAUCCAAAGAAGUUUCAUGAAGCCUUCAUUCCUUCCCCGGAUGGUGAUCGAGACAUUUUUAUUGAUGGGGUUGUUGCUCGUAAUAGAGCCUUAAAUGGGGAUCUGGUGGUCGUGAAACUGCUUCCCGAGGAGCAUUGGAAGGUAGUUAAACCAGAGAGCAAUGACAAAGAAACAGAAGCUGCAUAUGAAUCAGAUAUCCCCGAGGAGCUCUGUGGACACCAUCUCCUGCAACAGUCCCUGAAAAGCUAUAAUGACAGUCCUGAUGUCAUUGUAGAGGCUCAGUUUGAUGGCAGCGACUCAGAAGAUGGACAUGGCAUCACACAAAAUGUGCUGGUUGAUGGUGUUAAGAAACUCUCAGUUUGUGUUUCUGAGAAAGGAAGAGAGGAUGGUGAUGCACCGGUUACAAAAGAUGAGACCACCUGCAUUUCACAAGACACAAGAGCUUUAUCGGAGAAAUCCCUGCAAAGAUCAGCAAAGGUGGUUUACAUCUUGGAGAAAAAACAUUCUCGAGCAGCAACCGGCUUCCUCAAACUCUUGGCUGAUAAGAACAGCGAACUGUUUAGGAAAUACGCCCUGUUUUCUCCCUCAGACCACCGAGUGCCUAGAAUUUAUGUGCCUCUCAAGGACUGUCCCCAGGACUUUGUGGCACGGCCUAAAGAUUAUGCCAACACACUGUUCAUCUGCCGCAUUGUGGACUGGAAGGAGGACUGCAAUUUUGCCCUGGGGCAGCUGGCUAAGAGUCUUGGGCAGGCUGGUGAAAUUGAGCCUGAAACAGAAGGAAUACUAACAGAGUAUGGCGUGGAUUUCUCUGAUUUCUCUUCAGAAGUUCUAGAAUGUCUUCCUCAAGGCCUGCCAUGGACAGUUCCACCAGAGGAGUUCAGCAAGAGAAGGGAUUUAAGAAAAGACUGUAUCUUCACCAUUGACCCAUCAACCGCCCGAGACCUCGAUGAUGCCCUCUCCUGCAAGCCACUCGCUGACGGCAACUUCAAAGUGGGAGUUCACAUUGCCGACGUGAGUUACUUUGUUCCGGAGGGAUCUGAUCUGGAUAAAGUGGCUGCCGAGAGGGCCACAAGCGUCUACUUGGUUCAAAAGGUGGUCCCCAUGCUUCCCAGGCUGCUGUGUGAGGAGCUGUGCAGCCUCAACCCCAUGUCCGACAAGCUGACCUUCUCUGUGAUCUGGACACUGACUCCAGAGGGCAAGAUCCUUGAUGAAUGGUUUGGCCGGACCAUCAUCCGCUCCUGCACCAAACUUAGCUACGAGCAUGCACAGAGCAUGAUUGAAAGCUCAACUGAGAAAAUCCCUGCAAAAGAGCUGCCCCCCAUUUCCCCAGAGCAUAGCAGCGAGGAGGUACACCAGGCCGUCUUGAAUCUCCACGGAAUUGCCAAGCAGUUACGCCAGCAGCGCUUUGUGGACGGCGCACUUCGUUUGGAUCAGCUAAAGCUUGCUUUCACUCUGGACCACGAGACCGGAUUGCCUCAAGGAUGUCAUAUCUAUGAGUACCGCGAGAGCAACAAGCUCGUGGAGGAGUUCAUGCUCUUGGCCAACAUGGCAGUGGCCCACAAGAUCCACCGCGCCUUCCCCGAGCAGGCCCUGCUGCGCCGGCACCCCCCGCCCCAAACAAGGAUGCUCAGUGACCUGGUGGAAUUCUGCGACCAGAUGGGGCUGCCCGUGGACUUCAGCUCCGCAGGAGCCCUCAAUAAAAGCCUGACCCAAACAUUUGGAGAUGACAAGUACUCACUGGCCCGGAAGGAGGUGCUCACCAACAUGUGCUCCCGGCCCAUGCAGAUGGCACUGUACUUCUGCUCGGGGCUGCUGCAGGACCCAGCGCAGUUCCGGCACUACGCGCUCAAUGUGCCCCUGUACACACACUUCACCUCGCCCAUCCGCCGCUUUGCCGACGUCCUGGUGCACCGCCUCCUGGCUGCCGCGCUAGGCUAUAGGGAGCGACUAGACAUGGCGCCCGAUACCCUGCAGAAACAGGCGGACCACUGUAACGACCGCCGCAUGGCGUCCAAGCGCGUGCAGGAGCUCAGUACCAGUCUCUUCUUUGCUGUUCUGGUCAAGGAGAGUGGCCCCCUGGAGUCAGAAGCCAUGGUGAUGGGCGUCCUGAAGCAAGCCUUCGAUGUGCUGGUGCUGCGCUACGGCGUGCAGAAGCGCAUCUACUGCAACGCACUGGCCCUGCGGUCCCACCACUUCCAGAAGGUGGGCAAGAAGCCGGAACUCACGCUGGUCUGGGAGCCUGAGGACAUGGAGCAGGAGCCAGCACAGCAGAUGAGGGAAUUAAGGCUUGGAGAGGUUCCGUUCUGAAGGACACUCAGUAAGUGGUGGACAGAGAAUUUCAGCUCAGACUCAAAGAUAUGUCACACACGAUGAAGAGUGCAGAAAACAGAAAGGUAUGGCCUAAAGAAGAAUUACAGAAUUGAACACCAAAGUAACCGCCACCCAGAUCAAGAAAUUGAUUGUGGCCAGGGUUCCCCCACACCACCCCAUACCUUUCCCAUCGAAAACACUAUUCUUUCUUACCACUGAAUUUUUUUUCUUUUUCUUUUUAAAGAUGGGGUCUCACUAUGUUGCCCAGGCUGGUCUUAAAACUCCUGGGCUCAAGCAGUCCUCCUGCCUUGGCCUCUUAAAGGGCUGGGAUUACAGGUGUGAGCCACCACACCCGACCACCACUGAAUAUUUGGAUACUCAUUUUAUUUUCAUAGUUUUUUUGUUUUGUUUUUGAGACAGAGUCUUGCUCUGUCACCCAGACUGGAGUGCAGUGGCAUGAUCUCAGCUUACUGCAGCCUCCACCUCCCGGGUUCAAGUGAUUAUCCUGCCUCAGCCUCCAGAAUAGCUAGGAUUACGGGCACAUGCCAUCGCACCCAGCUAAUUUUUGUAUUUUUAGUAGAGACGGGGGUUUCACCAUGUUGGCCAGGCUGGUCUUGAACUCCUGACCUCAGGUGAUCUGCCCACCUCAGCCUAGUUACUGGGAUUACAGGUGUGAGCUACUGCACCCAGCCUCUUUCCAUCGUUUUAUCCCCCGUAUAGUUUAAGUUUGCCCCAUUUGAACUUCAUGUAUGUGUAAGAUAUGUUCUAUCCUAUGUGUUCCUUUGUGAUUUGUAUAUUUUAUUCAACUUUAUGUUUGUGAGAUUUAAUCUGUUGUAUGUUAGAAAAGCCUGGUCAUUUCCACUGCUGUAUAAUAUUCCAGUUAUGAAACUCCUGACACUUUUUCUGCUGUU